CCCCCAUUCGGCCAUACCCAUACAUUUCAGUCAACCUCUGCUCUCUCCUCUUUCUCUUUUAAAAAUUUUUUCCGUUUCCUCAACUCUCCAUCACCAACCAUUGUAAUAUUUCUCCCCAUUCUCUCACCGGCGUUGUCGUCGUCAUCGUCGUCAUCGUCGUCAUCAUCACCAUCGUAAUAUCUCUAUUUCUGUAGACGCAAAUAUCAAACUAUAUAUGCAGAAAAAAGGUUGCGAAAUUUGAUCUUAAUUAACGUCUCUAGGGACCAGAAAUCGUUCAAUUCGUCCACGACGUUAGGCUAAUUCGAAUUCUUUUGCGAGAUAUUCAAUUAGCCGGCAUCACAACAAGGACAUAUAUUGAAAUAUAUAGAGAUAAAUACAAAGAGAUACAGAUUGGACCGCGUUGUGUGUAUACGGAUAUCUAUUUGUUGAUUUGAUAUAGAAAUUUAGGGCUUUUGGGGGUGUGGAAAAGGAUGUUGGGGGCCGGAUUGCAGUUUAAUCGGAGGUGCAACGGCGACGAUCGGUUUUACAGUGCGGCGAAGGCUCGCCGGAGUCGAAGUCAAAAUCUGAACGGUCACCAGAACCAUCAGAGCCAAGAUCAUCUCCGAAGAGCUCAGAGCGACGUCGCUGUCUCCCAUUCUCCGAAGUCUGAUGUCCGAGUCUCCACCGAUGAGCCACCGAAGGAGAAGUUGGCCGUCGUAGACGUGCCGGGAUAUGGUGCCUUGUCUAUGUCAAAUAUCCAACAGUUUCUGCAUUCCGUUACUCCUUCUGUCACCGCUCAGUAUCUCUCUAAGACUACAAUGAAGAGUUUGAAAAUGUGUGGUCCGGAGCUUCAGCCUUAUUUCCUCUUAGGGGAUUUAUGGGAGGCCUUCAAGGAGUGGAGUGCAUAUGGUGCUGGAGUGCCAUUGAUAUUGAAUGACUGUGAUAGUGUAAUUCAGUACUACGUUCCCUAUUUAUCAGGAAUCCAAUUAUAUGUAGACCCUUCAAAGUCUUCUGAGAAAUCAAGAAAACCAGGUGAGGAAAGUGAUGGCGAUUAUUUUAGGGAUUCAAGUAGUGAUGGCAGUAGUGAUUCUGAACAAGAGAGAGGUUGCUUGAAUUAUUCAAGGGAGAAAAGGAGUUGCCAUUGUCAAACCAGUGAAAAUUCUCUUGGGAUUAACCGAUUGUCAUUAAGAGAUGAGAAUGGUACAUGUCAAGAAGGCUUUUCCAGUGAUGAAGGUGAACCUGGGCGUUCUCAAGGUCACUUGGUGUUUGAAUAUCUUGAGCGAGUUCCUCCUCAUGGUCGGGAACCUUUGGCAGACAAGAUUUCACAUCUUGCUGUUCGCUUUCCUGAGUUGAAGACACUUAGAAGUUGUGACCUACUUUCAUCGAGUUGGAUUUCAGUGGCCUGGUAUCCAAUUUACCGGAUACCAAUGGGACCUUCACUAAAACCCUUGGAUGCUUGCUUCUUGACCUAUCAUCAUCUUCGUACACCGGUGGCAGGGACUCAAGGUGCACGGACCACAAGUAUUACAUGUCCAUGUGAGACGGAUGCUAUCCCAAAUAUAUUGUUACCCGUUUUCGGCCUUGCUUCAUACAAGUUUAAAUCAUCGCUGUGGACCCCUGACCGAGGAUGUGAACGUAAAUUAGUGAACUCCCUCUUGCAGACCGCUGGAGAAUGGCUGACAAUGCGUCAGGUCCAUCACCCAGAUUUCAGUUUCUUCUGCCGAAAUUGAAACUUUAAGACGGUUUGUUUCUCUUCCCCAAAUUCUCACUCCCUCGUAGAGUCAUAGGCAAAGAAACCCAAUGGUUUUUGUUUGAUGCAGCAGUAUAACUAUGAGGAAAGUUGAGUCAGGGCUGUUAUUUGUGAUGCUAUUAUUUAUUACUAUGAGAAAGAGGAAAAGAAAAACAUUAAAAAAAAAGAACAAAAAGGAAAAAAAAAGAAGAGAAUUGAAAUGGCAGAGCAGGGCAGUCGGGGAAUAUGAAGGUUGCUAUGGGCAUGGUUGGUGGCAAUUAUGUUUAAGAUUGGCGUGAAAAGGAGCAAGUGAUGCAUUGACCAAGCUCCACCCGAUGUUAGCAACACUGUGGAAUGGUUGGAAAAAAAAAAAAGAAACUUUUAAUCUCAACACAAUACGUACUUUUGAUGGAACCGGCUGCUGGUUUUUUUCCCUGCCUUGAUGAUCAUUAGGUUUGGGUUCUUUUUUACCUUGGGGUUGAUAAGAGUUUUCUAUGGAAGUGAAGUUCAUUUUGUCCGCCCCAUAUUGUACACUAGUUACUCUUUUUGUUUUCGGUGGCUUAUAGUAAGUAGCCUGGGAACCUAUAAUUAGUUGUACACUAACUGUUAAUUUUGUUUUGAAUCACUUGGAGUAGCAGGGUACUAUAAAUUAGUUUUGGCAGCAUAAUCUGUCUGCACGUUUGGUUAACUUUUCAUUGAAUCA